AUGCCCGCCACACGGCCAAGGGCCUCGUUCGAGCCUAUCCCACCCGACUUCGAUGUGCGCACAUUUGUUGAAAAUGCCGACAACUUCCAAUAUGUCGACCGCAUCUCGUAUGAGAUGAUUGCAACCAACGGCAUUGAGCAGUUUGAGAAGCUCAUCUUGCUUCAUGUUAUUAUUGGCGGAAAGCCUUUGGUCAUUGAUGGAUUCGAGGAAGUCUUGGAUCCCUGGACCUUUACACCGUCAUGGCUGCGCGACAACCACGGUGACAAAGUGGAGAACGCGCGGAACUUGACUACGAAAGAGAACAUCCCUCUCACGAUAAAACACUACCUAAAGCACCUGAGCAAGCUCGCUGACCAGUUUUUUGACAAUCCGGAGCGCUAUAGAGACAAGUCUUGUCAACGAAUCUACCUGAAAGAUAUCGACUGUCCACAGGUCUGGCAAGACAAGGUGAAGGACCAUAUCCCUUCGGGCUUGUUCUACCUCAACGACAGUACCGGUGAGUUCGAUGGAGCUGGUGCACUGGAGGAUCUCACUGGGCGCAGAGGUCGAGGCAUUAGCCGCUCUGGGGAUUUGAUGAGCAGUCUGCCACCAGAGAUGCGCGCCGAAAACCUCAUGUGUUACAUCGGACACGAAGGCACCUACACACCCUCACAUCGUGAGAUGUGCGCCUCACUGGGUCAGAACAUCAUGGUCGAAGCCUCAAAGCAAGUCAGCGAAGACGGCAAGCCUGAGCGCCCUGGAUCAUCACUCUGGUUCAUGACAGAGACGAAGGACCGCCAUCUGGUCUCCGAAUACUGGCUUUCAGUUCUUGGCCAUGACAUUGAGGUUGAGGAUCACUUCGCGCAACUUAUCGCUUGGAAGAAAGCACCUUUUACGACAUACGUCGUCGAACAGCGCCCGGGUGAUUUCAUCCUAAUCCCACCGCUCGCUCCACACCAAGUCUGGAACCGCGGCACCCGGACCAUGAAGGUCGCUUGGAACCGUACAACUGUCGAGACCCUAGAACUUGCUAUGACCGAAGCUUUGCCCAACUCCAGGAUUGUCUGCCGUGAUGAACAGUACAAGAACAAGGCUAUCGUUUAUUACACUCUGCUCAAAUACUCACAGCUGAUCAAGUCUGCCCGUGCUCAGGUCGAAGCAGGUGGUGAGCAAGCAGAAGCUAUACAACAUUCGGUGAAGGUUCGCCAAGUACAACGAGACUUCAAGCGUCUCUUCAACCUGUACAAGUCAAUCAUGCUUUCGGAGAUGUUCGAACAGAACUCAAGAGAACACUGCGAGUUCUUGCCGUACGACAGCAAUGUGACUUGCGCUUACUGUAGAUGCAACAUCUUCAACCGCUUUCUCAGCUGUAAGACCUGCAAAAACCUUUUCAGUUCCGAGAUCGAGGAGCCGUACGAUGUUUGUAUGGACUGCUAUUGCAUGGGACGCAGCUGCGGUUGCCAAUCUGGCUACCAAUGGGUCGAGCAAUGGAAGUGGAAGGACCUUGUCCACAAAUACGAAGAAUGGCGUGCCCAAAUCAUUGAUAUCGACGGUCAAAUGACCGAAAAGACACCUCUGCCCCUGCAGGAAGAGCGAAGGUAUUUGGGAAAGAAACCUCUGGCACAAGUGUGCCAGGAGCAGCUGAAGAUCCGACCUUUCGUGGACAUCAACGCUCCGCAAGUUGAGGAUGACUCUGAGGACGAAGAGAUUGAAGUUGACGCUUACGGUGUUGCGAAGAAGGUAAAGAACAAAAAGUCCAAGAAGUGGCUGAGAACACACAAGUCUUGCCACACUUGUCUUCAUCGACAUCCCAACUGGAAGGUGGCCUUCUGCUCGAACUGCGACUUGGGUUUUUGUUAUGGCUCCUUGUUUCGCGCGCACGACAUGAUGCCCCUAAGCGUCAUGGAGAGCUUCAGCUGGAAGUGCCCCCACUGCAGAAGGGUGUGCAAUACAGGUCAUUGCAGACGCGACCCCCGCCAAACCCCUUACGAGCCGAAGGGCACGCUGCUUGGUCACGAUACGAAGAAGGUAGCUGAUCCUCGCUCUGUCGAGUGCCUUGUUGACUUCAGUGUGUCCAAUCUCAACUGGAUGCGAGAAGAAGAAGGCAUGGGUCAGACUGCAAUGCAACGCCGCAUGCAGCAAGCCGAACAGGACCGUCUGGCAGAUCCUUCCUUGGAUCCUCGGUACAUGGACGAAGAUCCUGCAUACCCGCGAAACGGCAUCGCAUACUCUCCAGUCGAAGACGUGAAUGGUAUCAAUGAAAAUGGCGAUAGCUUCGAGGAUAUCGACACCAUUCAAAGCGCCGACCUGAACGGCGACAUACCACGACUGGGACAGAAGCGGGGACGCGAUGAUGGAGAGGAUGAUCCAGGCAGUCGGAGGAAGAACUCCAAGAAGCAAAAGAGCAAGAAAAACGAAGACCAGCCGCUCGGACCGAAGAAUGUCUCUGGCAAGCAGUAUCAGAAGGAAAUGCAGCGUAGGCUUCUGGACGAGGCUAAGCGUGAGGAUCGGUUCAUUAUCGUUGCCGCUAGGAUGAAGAAGAAGUCAAAAAUUGUGAGGCUAUUCCUGGACCCUCAGAUCCUUGAAAACAUCAGCAACAGACCAGUACCUGAACGCCCUCAAGUUGCGGCACGGCAGCAAACGCCAGAAGAAGACCAGCAUGAUAACGUGGGAUCCAUACUGCAGUCUGAUAUCGUGCCGAGAGCGAACGGUACGAAAAGCAUUGUUGAGAAGGAGAAGGCAACGAAGGUGUUCCGCUACCGAGUGGAACCCGAUGACUCGUACACGACAAAGAAGCGAAACAGCGAUAUCAGUGGGCAAGCCAAAGUACUUGGUCGACCUCGCGGCUCAAGGCGAUAUGAAGAGAUCACACUCGACUCAGACGAGGAACUCUUCGACGACGAUGAUGGUGCGGAUGGUGCCCAUGCCGGACGCAUUCGCGCACGUGCAUCAAACUGGCUCGCACGCAAGAACCAAGACGAGGACGAAGACUUGCCGACUGAACUUCCAGCGGACUUCAGAGAUGGGGACAUCCGGCCAGCGCGAGAUCGCGAGCGGGAGCGCGAACGUGCUCGCGAACGUGCCGAGAAAAGGAAGUCCAUGCCAGCGAAGCCACAACCAAGUAUCAGACCCAAGGGUCGGCCGCCGAAGAACCACAGGAACAGCACUGGUAACAUCCCUAUUGAGCCGGACGACAAGCACGCAGCGCACGAGGAAGACAGCGAAAGCAGCGAGGCGCUCAUUCUGGCCCAGCAAGGCGCCGCCGCUGCCCUCGAAGCGCAACGACGUGAAGAAGAAGCCCAACAGGAGGCGACAGUGGAACAAGAGCGUGCAGCAGUGGCUGAACGUGAAGCUCAAGAGAACCUGCGUGCAAAGAUGGCUUUGUUUAAUUCUGACGAUGAGGAGCUGGCAGACAACUUCUUCGAUGAACUCGCCGCUGAAGACCCGCUCUUGGACGAACCACCUUGCGAGCCCGAGCCCGAGCCCGAGCCUGCUCGUACUGGGCCGCCGCAAGCCACGAACUCGCUGUUUGAUCGUCCAGCUAUGAACGGCAAGAAGAUCAAUGUCAUUUCUGCUGCUUCGAAACGCAAUGGUAGAAAUUCGACCACGACCACGACCACCACGAUGACAGUCACAGCGCCUAUAGCGACUUUCACCAGCGUCAACAAGAGGCCUCAAACUGUCGGCUUGUCGGAUGACGAUGACGAUGACGAUGAAAUCCCUGCCAAUGCGCCUGUGCCGAAGAAGGCUGACGGUCGACCGCGAGCAGUGCCUACGAGGGGAGGUAUGGUGCCGACAAGGGGAGGAGGUACGCCUAAGCGUGGGCGGGGACGUCCUAGGAAGACGAUGUAG